AUGGGGCGGCGCCUGCUGCCCCUCCUCCUGCUGCUGGCCGCCGCGGCCGGCGCCGCGCGCCCCACCCGCGCCGCCUCGCCGCGCGGCGCCGCGGCUGCAGCUGCCGGCGCCGGGCGCUGGAUCGGCGAGCACCUGCCGGCGCCGUCUCUGGUCGGAGAUGUGGCCGCGCCGGAGGUGCAUGAGGACAUCUCAGGGCCGCCCAUGGGCAGCGGCAAUGACAACCGCCCUGACCACCCACACGCCACCGUCGAAGACAAUAAGGCGCUCCUGCGCGCCGCCUAUGAGAAGACACUCUCCGGCCUCUCGGCCACCCGCGCAAGCGCGGCCCGCACGGGCGCCGGCGCCGGCGCGGCGGCCGGAAGCGCGCUCGACGCGCUCGGCGCCGCAGAGGCGCGCCUGCGGGAGUGGGGGCGCGCGCUGCUCGCCGCGCCGGCUCGUGCGGGCCACCGCAUCACCCAUCCCACAGAGCCCUCCGCCUCGGGACAGCGCACGGCGCCAGGCCCCGCUUCUGCUCCAGCCCUGGAUGACACACCGCCUCAAACCGUGACGGGGCCCACUUUGAUCCCUGCAAUGGACCCCGUCGCAGCUGCGGCCGCCGAGGCCGCGCACCACCAAGCCGGGGUCGAGGCACUGCGCGUCGUCGUCGUGUCCGUCGGCGGCCUGCUGACGCCGGAAGCCGCCCAGCAGCUGCCGCACGCGUGCGGCGCGUGCGAGGGGGCGGAGGGCGGGACCGAUGCCAGCGGCAGCGCGUGCGACGCGCGGGCGGAGGUGCUGGCGUGCAUGGAGAGGCUUGCGGCGGCGCUGGCGUUGGACGUCACCCAGCAGGAAGCUUCCGGGCAG